AUGGCAGGUUUCGACUUCAACAUCAACAUGCGAGUGGUGGUUAUCGUCGCUGGCGCUCCAGCCCCGGAACGAGAUGACGUGACAGCAGAGAGCCUCGAAAACAAUGCCCCAUUCAGCUGCAGCAAAGUCAUCGCUGUGAAGGAGGGAGCGAAAUUUUCGAUUCUGGCAUCUCCUGGCGCAGGAAUUUGCCGACUCCUUGCCAAGGAUGAGGGGCUGAUGGUGCUGAUUCACUUUGACGACAACGAGGUUCUCCGGCGGUUGUAUACGAAGACCAUGAUCGAUGCCCGGGCAUCGCGCCGACUCCCCAUGGAGUUCUUUGGAGUUACGGGAGUGAAUAGUGAAGGCCGACAGGUCUUGCAGCCUUUCAAGUUUGCUACGGCCAAGAAAGACAGCGACGCGAUUCGAGGUACCAUUCGCGUUGAUUUAUACAUUGUCAAGCUACUUGGUUCACCGGAGAGGCAGCGACUCGACGACACUACUGCAUAUGGAUCAUCAGUUCAGGCCAAACACCUUCUCGCAUAUACCAAAGAACGUUUGAUAACAGCGGGAUCAAGCUUGGGACCAGGAACGAAGGUCAAGAAAGCCCUGGCGGCGGACACAUACGACGUGAAGCGGCUCAACUACGAGCGCCCUAUCGCCCGGUUCAACUUCAGAUAUGGACCAAGAGGAGACUUGCCCGUACACAGACCCAAGGACAAUAAUGAGAGCAACCGCGGUGAGGGCUUGAUCAAUAUGCCCAAGAAUCCAGCUCUUUCAAAGCAAGGUUCAGGCGGGAUCAGAGGCGCUGACGCCAAGAAAUCCUCCUCUUCAUUGCCUGCGAAGCUUCGUGUUCUGCCGGUAGCCCCUGCGCAGACACAGACAACUGCGGGUACGAAACCUGCCUCGACUACUGCCUUACCUGACAAGGGAGACAAGAUCGACUCUCAACUUAACAAACGGUUCAUUCCUCUCCGACCCAAGCUUCCACAGCCCACCGCAAAGGAGCAGAAGCUUCGCAGAGAGAUAUCGGAUGAGGAGGCCUUCUCGAUUCAAGAGACUCGGUCCAAGGACGCUCAACUCAGCAGGAAGAGAUCUGCCGCGGUGGCUUUCGGCAACGACUCACCUUCUAGACCCAAGAAGUCUCUCGCUACUUCUACUUACUGA